UUCCUGUUGAGUUGUUUGUUGACGUCGUCAAAUUGUUAGAAAAUGAGUGCAACAACAGCACAGGACAAACAGGAUCAGCAGGAUCGCAUUCAAAUGCGAGUCAACAAAAUACUGGAGACGCGCUUGGAGACUGAUAAGGACACACUUGAUGCGCUGAACGGCCUUUCGUCCUUUUUCACGGAGAAUACACUGCAAAACCGACGCAAUUUGCGUAGUCAAAUUGAGCGGCGCUCCGUCGAAAUCAAUGAAAAGUUCCUCAAAGCUUUUCGAGAGGUAAAAAUUACGCUAGAUGCUGUAUGUACAGACCUAGACACAAUGGCCCAAUCAGUGCAGACCAUGAAAAGCGACUUGGAAGCGUCCAAGGCGCUGACGCACGAUUUAAUUGCACAGACCAACAAAAUGCAACAGGAGCGCGAACGUUUGGAAGUGCAUCAGCAAAUUGCCGAAGCAUUUUUGGCACGCUUUCAACUUAGUGUGCCGGAGCAUCAAAUGCUUUACGGCACCACCAAAGAUGCGCCCAUCGUGCCGAACUUCUUUAAGGUAUUGGAUCGUGUCCAGUUUAUACACACCGAGUGCCGAAUGCUGAUGCAAUGCGGCUAUCAGACAGCCGCCCUAGAUAUCAUGGAGGAGAUGACGCUUUACCAGGAGGGUGCACUGGAACGACUUUAUCGCUGGACACAAAAUCAUUGCCGUAACUUGGAUAAUAGCGAAAUUGGACCACUUGUCGUGGAGGCUAUGAGUCGUCUUCAGGAUCGACCGGUGCUGUUCAAAUACGUCAUUGAUGAAUAUGCUAUUGCAAGGCGGGCUGUGCUUGUGCGUCAAUUUAUUGAGGCUCUCACCGAAGGCAGACCGGGCGGGAACUCAAAGCCAAUUGAUUUGCAUGUGCACGAUCCCAAGCGCUAUAUUGGCGAUAUGUUUGCCUGGCUGCAUCAGAGUAUUCCCAAUGAGAAAGAAAACUUGACCGUUCUCUUCAAGAAAUGUGACAAACAUGAUAAUUCGGAGCAAAUGCAGAAAGCUUUAUCCUAUAUUGCUGAUGGUGUUUGUCAUCCGCUUAAGGUGCGAGUGGAGACAGUUUUAAAUUCGGAGAAGGACACCAUUAUUUUAUUUGCCAUCUCCAAUUUGUUGCGCUUUUAUCAGCAAAUAAUGAAGCAGGUGGUGCAGGGCGGCAGUCUGGAGCAAUUUCUGAUAGAUUUGCAGAAGACAAGCGAGGACAUCUAUCUGGAAGCAUUGGCCACACAAGUACGCAGCGUUCUGCAGCGUCCAUCUGGUACGAGCAUGGCUCUGCAGCCGCCACAGCGGGAUCUUGUACCUCCACCCAGCGUUGGACACUUGCUGAAUAUCCUUAAAGAGAUCCUAUCUGUGGCAACUAUGGUUGAUGGCCGCCAAGCCGACAUCACCAAAAUCGUAUCGUGCGUUAUUGAUCCGCUGCUGCAAUCGGUCCAGGAAUCAGCGUCCCAUCUACCAACUGUUGACAUGGCUGUCUAUCUGCUCAAUUGUCUGUAUCACAUGCAAAGCACACUAACUGUCUAUGAAUACAUGGACGAGCGCGUAGAGCGUCUGCAGGCCCAAUCGGAUGCCCAGAUCGACACACUCACCUCAGAGCAAGCCUCCUCGCUGGUGGCAAACCUAAAUUUAGGUCCCAUCUACACAAUUUUGCAGAGCAAUCAAACAAAGAUUGAAAAGAAUCUUCUCAAGAUCUUUAUGUCCAAGAUGGAUGCAUUCCUGGAGAUGCCUGGCGUUUUGUUACUGCCCCAAAUCCAACUUAUCGUUUCUAGCGCACAUCGCACGACUGUGCAGCGGCGUUCUUUCAAUGUAAUUCUGGCUAUUUACAAGCAGAUCUAUGAACGCGUCUAUGAUCCAGCCAAUGGCUUCGAAGAGCCCGAGGCUUUGCUAAGCAAGUCACCCGAACAGGUCGGGCAAAUACUGAAAGCGUAAAAGCCCUAAAAUUGUUUGUAUAUUGGGCUACAAUUACUAUUUAAAUGCGACAUAUAUACGCAAUAAUUUGUUUAACAUUGAGUAGUUAAAAUAUUAUUAAAUAAAAAGUAUAAUUAUAUGGAAA